UGAUGAAAAAAUUUAAUGAUCAAUCAGAAUUAAUUGCCACAGCGAAUACAGCUAAAGCACCAGUAGCGAAAACAGCAAUAACCCUAUCAAAAUUAAUCAUAUUAACUACAAUAGAAAAGCAGAAACUGGAAGAUCUGCAAUAUAAUAAAUUCCAACAUCAACAAGCAGCAGUUGUGAAUCAAGUUGGCGUUGUAGGAGCAUUUGCUGUAGCAGCACCACUAAAAGCGCAGUCGGACGGAACAUCGUUGUCGUCGACUGCGGCGGAGGUAGCAGCAGCAGUGAAAACUUUCCAUAUUGAAAAUUUUAAUUUGAUAGAAUCUUUAGGUUCUUUCCUAAAUUCAUCUGGUUUUUACGUAUAAAAAAUUUCCAAUUCUGCAAUUUGACUUCACACAGAAAACCAUAUUACACAUCAUCAAGUAUAAUCCAAUCAGAAAAUAAAAACAAUAGCAACACAGUUUUCAUCGUCCAAAAUAAGUAAAUCGCAGAAAGUACACCAAUUCAAAAAGCCAGAUAGGCUAUAGUCAUAAUUUUAUGCGAUAACAUUUGGACUUGCAUAAAUACAUACUUCUCAACCAACCCUGUGCAGUAUUUAAAUUUAUUUAAAUUUCACAAGUUACGAUUUGCUGGGAAAGCCAGCACAAACGGGAGUAUUUAGUAUUUAGAUGACUCCAUCCACCAUUUUGAACUUACAAAAUUGUAUUAGCACCAACGUAUGCAGCAGAGGUAAACCAGAAACGGCGUAGCUGAAAGUCAACGAAAACCCGAAGCACUCGGCAAGCGAAACAUAUAAAGAGGAAGAAAAGUAGCUGUGGAAGAUCAACUGGCAUUCAACGUAUAGUAAUUGGCAUAAAGCGGCGGAAAUUGAGGAAAGGAGGAGAAACGGAAUAAAAUAAACAAAAAAUAUAGUUUAUUAUACGAACGCAGCCAACAACAUAUACGACUCGAUACAGCUAGAGCAGACGGAAAUUGGUAUUGCAGCCAACAAGUCGUAGCAGGCCGUAGUGAUAAAUAAAAAUCCACAAUCUGUGGUAAUAGGCCGCGAACGAGUGGAUAGCAAUUGUGUGAAGAUUCCUAAACAACAAGGAAUAAUUACUCGGUUGUGUUUUAUGUGGACUUGUAUGGGCUUGUUGUUUUGAAUUUUGUUUCGGAAGCAAUUUGUGAAAGGAGAAGCGGAUAUAGUUGCUUAGUCAGUAUUCCAACAGAAAUACCCGAAAAAAACUUUACUAAAUAUUAAAAAGUUCUACGAUUCCGGUUAAUUUUAUAAGUCUACUUGUGAAAGUGUACUGUUCUAAACUACGCGUACAGUGUACACAGUUUCAAACUUUUGCGAAUACCAUUUGAAUAAAUUUCCAACUUCUAUUUCUGCACUAAUUUCAAAAUAUAACAAUUCUCUUCGAAUACAUCCAUAAAAACAACACAUCCAAAAUACCCUAAAUUUGCUUAAAAUCGAAAGGGUUUAUAAAACCACGUAAACUCGGAAAACCGCAAACUAAUCAAUCGCAAGAAAAAUGGUCGAGCGCAUAAUAGAGGAAGAGGAGUGCAGUAGCGGCGCCCAAAUAAUGCCUACUACUGUUGCCAAUGGUACUAAUGUAAUGACGGGCAAUAAUAGCAAUGCUGCUGGCUCAGCUGGUAGUGGUAGCGACAGUGGUGUAGGCGGUCGUGGCACUUUCUCUACGGACACCGAUAAUAGUAGUCAAUCAGGCGGCCAUAAUGAAAUCACCCGCUAUAGCAGCGAAGAUGUUUCGGGCAACGAGUCCAGCGAGGCGCCGAAAAUGACGGAAAUCGAACGUCAGGCGGAACUCAAUCGUCACAAGGAGGAAAUGCAAAAGAAGCGACGCAAGAAGAAGCGUACAAGUUCCUCCUUGCAUUCGUCAACAUUUCAAGAAUUGUACAAAUUGACGGGCGAAAUCCUUGGCGAAGGCGCCUACGCCUCUGUACAAACAUGCGUUAACAUCUAUACCGAUUUGGAGUAUGCUGUUAAGGUGAUUGACAAGAUACCGGGACAUGCGCGUGCGCGUGUUUUUCGUGAAGUGGAGACAUUCCAUCACUGUCAGGGACAUCCGGGCAUUUUACAAUUAAUUGAAUUCUUUGAAGAUGAUGAAAAAUUUUAUUUGGUUUUCGAAAAGAUUAAUGGCGGCCCCCUUUUGAGGCGUAUUCAAGAGCAAAUUUGCUUCUCAGAACACGAGGCAGCGCAGAUUAUCAAAGAAAUCGCAUCGGGCUUAGAUUUUCUGCAUAAGAAAGGUAUUGCUCAUCGUGAUCUGAAACCGGAAAAUAUUUUGUGCGUUUUUCCGGAUAAAUUGUGUCCGAUUAAGAUUUGCGAUUUUGAUUUGGGAUCGGGCAUUAAAUUCACCACAGACGUAUCAUCGCCAUCAGCAACGCCGCAACUAUUAACACCAGUCGGCAGCGCAGAAUUCAUGGCGCCCGAAGUUGUUGAUCUAUUCGUUGGCGAGGCAAAUUACUAUGAUAAACGUUGUGAUCUGUGGUCGCUUGGUGUGAUCGCUUAUAUUCUAUUAUGUGGCUAUCCACCAUUUUCGGGCAAUUGUGAAAAGGAUUGCGGCUGGAAUCGCGGUGAAAACUGUCGCACCUGUCAGGAGUUGCUCUUCGAGUCCAUACAAGAAGGACGAUUCUGUUUUCCCGAAGCUGAAUGGAGGGACGUUAGUGAAGAGGCCAAAGAUUUAAUUCGUGGUCUACUCGUCAAGGAAGCGCCAAAACGUUUAAGUGCCGAAGCCGUGCUAAAUCAUCCAUGGAUUAAAUUUUCUGAGGAAGAAAAUCCGAGCGAUAGCAAGAAGAUGGAAAAUCGGCGAAAAGCAUUGCGCACACCUGGCAAUAUAAGGCGCAAUCAAUCUGCGCGCGAAAUUUCGCAAUUCGCCGAAUCGGCAAUGGCUGUGAAACGCGUGAUACUACAACACUUCUCCAUGCGCUAUGACUACAUGAAAGAGCGUCCAAAUAUUUACCAGCCAUCUCAAAUGCAAUUGGACAAUGACAACGCCGAUGCAAACAACCCUCCACUUAUUUUCAAAAAACCACCACCGCCACGUAGCCGUUCCAUGAAUAAUACGUUGAGCGUUAGUAAUAAUCGUUCCAUUUAUGGUGGUCGUAAUAGCAAUUUGUACGCCACACGCCAUUCAAAUCGUUUGGGCAGCAUUAAUGGCAUUGGUGGUGGCGGUAAAUCGUCAAGUAUCUAUCAACCGGGUUCCGCAACGUUCAAAACACUUAACGUGCAUGAAGAGGAUAUUGACGAUGAGGAGGCGCUAGAGGCAUUCGGACGGCUCGAUGAGGACGAAGAGUGGGCGCAUCCCAGUGAACAUCGUAACAGGUAUGACGAUACGGAGGAGAAUGAAGAAGAUCGGGAAAUAAGACGUUUGCACUUGGAGAAUAAUGUUGAGGAUGAGAGUGAUUACGAGGAUUACCCCCAUCAUUGGCGUGAAAUGGAUGAUGAAGAUGAGGAGUUCGGAGUACUGGGUGAGCUUGAGAAUGAUGUGAAAGAAGCACCAAGCACAUAUGAGCCACAUGGAGAGUUUGGCGAGUGCAGUGAUAAUUAUACGCCCCAUGACUAUGACGAUUACAACAACAAACGUCCAAAAUACUAUCUAGAUGAUGAUGAAGAAUUAGAGAUCGAAAUGGAAGCAAGUGAUCGUUAUCGUCAUGGCGAUUAUGGUGAUAAUGCUAUUACUAGUGAUGAUGCGGAGGAUAGUUCCUGUGUUAGGGGUGAUGACAAAUGCAGUAAGACAACUUUACUACAGGGUGCCAUGCAAAUUAAGGAGGGGGAGAAAUCAGCAGGAGCUGCUGGAAGUAAUGCUUCUGAGUUAAGUUUUAAUAAAUUACAUAUUAAUGAUAGUAAGGAUACGAACGAAAAUAACGAGUGGAAGUGGCGCGUUAAACAGGAGCGUAUGUCUGAAAAUAAUGAUUAUAUAAAUGUUGAUCAUAAUAAAGUUAAGAUUAAUGAUAAAGAUGAUGAUGAAAGUAAUUCGCUUGGAAGAGGAGCAAAUGAUCUGGAUGAAAGUGUUUUCAAUUUAGAGCAAGAAAACAUUGAGAAGCAAAAUAAACAACAACAACAACAACAACAGCAACAGCAAAACAAUUUUGCUAACGAAUCGAAAUUGAAUUUCGGUGAAAAUUCAAAUACGAAAUUCAAAACUUAUUAUAACACUGAAGAUAAUAAAAUUGAAAGGAAAAAUGUUGAUAAUGAUGAUAACUCGAAGAAGGUUUAUCGUAGUAGCAGCAGCAGCAGCAACGGCAACACUGGCGACAACGGCAACAAAGCAAAUGAUUUGUUGCUGGACGCCGAACAGAAACAACUUCCAGUAAGUGAUAUUAAUAAUGUAACAAUCACCAAUUUAAAUACAACAACAACCACAACAACAACUGCAGUAAAUGCAAACAAAACAACACUCACCACCAACGACAACAACAGUUAUGUUUCGAAUGUUGAAACAAAUGCAAAAAAUGCAAAUACCAACAUAAUCGAAGCAGGUAAUGUUGCAAUAACAAAAGAAAAUGCUAAUUUAUUGGCUAGUAUUAGUGAUUUGAAAGAAACGCUACCUGAAUUUAAUGAGACUGCAAACAUUGUUGCCGCCAAUACCUCAGGCGAAUACGCAUCUGAAACUGCAGCAGUCAAUGCGAAAAUGGGCAAGUCUACUGAACGCAAGCAAUGGGUAGCUGCGAAGAAAGGCAAAGGUGGCAGCGGCGGCGCGGAGAAAGGCGUAGGCCAGAAUGCGGCGGCAACAAUGCGAACGACUUUUGGCAAUCAACAACAACAACAACAACAUCAGCAGCAGCAGCAGCAGCAGCAGAAAGAGCAACAAACACAUAAACAGCUAAAACAACAGCAGCAGAAACAGUCGCAAAAGCCACAUCAAAAGCAACACCAACAUCAACAGCAACAGCAGCAUCAGCAAAAACAACAACAUACAGCGCAAGCUCAAAAACAACAAAUUUUGGUGAAAAAUAAACGUUCACCGCGUGCAAAUAAAACACCGCGUACCGUCUGCUUUGCCCUUGGCAAUACUAACGCACGCAACGACGACGAUUAUGAUGCAUAUCAGAAUAAUAAUUACGACGCUGAACUGGAGGACGAUGCCGAUGAGGAGGAUGUAGUUUACGGCAGACCACGUUCUCACAGCAAUAACACCAAUGCAACCGGAUAUGGGCGGCGCCAGCAACAAUACAACAACCAUCGACGCUAUUCGCAACCGUUGUCAACCGGAAUUAAUGGCAACAAGCAACAACAACAACAACAGCCAGGCGGUCAAAAAACCGAGAAUUGGCGCAGCCGUGGUGGCAUACUAAUUAAUGGCGGUAACAAUGGUGGCGGAGAGUCGUCAAACGGCGGUAGCAACACCGUAAGUGCCGCAGUAGCCGCUAACAAUUACCGCAACAAGUAUCGUUCGCAAGGCGGCAAUUCUAGCGGUGCUUGGAAUGCAGGCGGCGGUGGAGCUGUUGGUAGUGCCGGUCAACGCAAUGGUGGUAGUGGUCCCAUCAGCUACUACUACAAUACACGUUCUGGCGCUGGCAGUGGCAGUCACGUUGGCGUAAGUGGCGCUUCACCACCAUCCGAUGACAGUGGCAGUGGUGGGUCAUCCGGUGGUCCCAUACACAAUUGGCGUAACGAUUGCGUCUACACGGGUGUGCGUAGUUGCGGCAUGCAACAGCGUCGUAGCUAUCAACAUCCAUCACAGCCACGCUACUCACCCACUCAGGAUGCCGGCUAUGGUAGUUGGGGUGGUAAUGGCGGUAGCGGUGCUGCUGCAACCAUUAUGCGUGCACAAAUCUUCAGCAGCAAUCAACAACAGCCACGUAUCGGAUCCGGACGUUUUACACAUUCUCCCAAUGGCAGUAUGUUUGUACAACAGUCGCGCGGAAGUGGCGGCAUUUACGGUGGCAUAAAUGGCGGUUAUGGCGGCGGUGGCAUCGUCAGCGGUUCUCCACCAUCACCUGGCAUUGGACUCUCACCGCCGAGUGAGAGUAUAUUAAUGCAGCGACGUAUGCGUGUAACAGGCGCUGGGCAGCAGCAUCGCAAUAAUGAUUUCGGUGUAGUUGGCGAUUUCUGUCAGUCAGCAACGGCAAAUGGUUAAUAAGUUAAGCGAAAAGUUUACUACAAACACACACACACACACAUACACUACGUGCAUACAUUCUACACAUAUAUACUAUAUAAAAACACAAUAAACAUAAAAAAGGAAAACAUUCAAACAAAAUAGGGCAGUGAAUCCUUCAUAUUCACAUGGCAGGUAUCUGCUUGCUCUAAUUUGUUAUUUUUUUUAAUAACACGAAACCAAUUGGAGUCCAUUUACAUAUAUAAAUUUUAAUUUCAACUUCAAAGUAGAACUUUAUAGUCUGUGUGAAUGCGCAAUACUUUGAAAAGAAAAGGAAAAAAACAUUAAAAAAGAAAUUGCUGAGAGAGGAAGGAGAGUGUUGAUUCCAGGGACUGUAAAUAAUGAUUAUUUGAAAUUUUUUUCAUGUAAGGCCGCAUAAAUACAAGGCAAAUAGAAAAACACAUGCCACAUGCGUCCUGAUCCGAAGUGAAUUUUAUAAUUUUGCUUAGUUGAUAAUAAUAAUUAUUCAACGAGUUUAAUGUAAACACUCAUUAAAUAUUUGUUAUUAUUGUAAGCAAAAAAAAAUAUUGUUCAGAAAAUAAUUAUUAUUAUUUUAGCGUUAUUUUUUCGCUUGAAAUAUUGCUCAAACUCGAAUAAUUUUUUUCAACUCCGAAUUUAAGUGUGUCAAGAAUUAAGCUAGUUUCAUCAAUAUUUUGAGCGAAAAAAUAAUGCUUUUACUUUUGAUUAUUGUUUGAGCGAUAUUUUUUUAUUUUUUGUUUACAGUAAUAAUUAUUAUUUUUUGGCUGUUUACAUAAAGCUCGUAGAAUAAUUAUUAUUAUCAACUAAAUAAAAUAUUUAAAAAUUAAUAAAUAAUCAUUAAAUUUAGAUUUAUAAUUUAUAACUCAUGAUUAUUACGGUCCCUGAUUGGUACCAUAAAUUUUGUAAAGAAAAUUAUAGAAGAUAAUAUGUUUAGAGCUACGGCAUAAAGCGGAAAAGUUUCGAUUUAAUUUUGAGUUCUUUUUCUGACUUUAUGCAUAAAUAGUAACUUUUUUUUAUAUAUAUAAAAACAGCGCCUACUUAAUUUUUACACCCUCACACACACGAAAAAACGCAAAACUUUUUUCGAUUUUAACUAUAAUUUCAACUACUUAUUUAAAAAAAAAAAAAAAGAAAAAAAUAUUUUCUGUUUAUAUCACUUGCAUAUAUUGGUUUGUUCAUUUUUUGUGCCGGAAAGUUUAGUUUUGAGUGAAACGCUUUGAAGAGUGUUCUUAAGGGUGCUUUUCUGCAGUUUUUUUUUUUACAUUUAA